CGUUUGUGAAGUCUAAUCUAUGAUGACCAUAAAUUCCGCAAAAAAAGAUUAGUGCAAGUGCAAAGCAUAAUAUUUUUAGAUGUAGAAAACAAGGGCGUCAUCCAAAAAUAAUAAUAAAUUGUUGGCCGUGCACAUAAAAGGUUAGAUUAGUCCGAUCUAAUAUGCAGAACAACCCCCAGGAGCUUUCAUGGCAGGCGAUUGAAGCAAUAGUGGGGGUUAAACUUCCUUCGAAUGUCCUGCGUUUCGAUGAUAUCGGAUUCCAUUUGGAAAACAAUAGAACAACAGUGUCGAGUGUUGAAGAUUCCGAUUCCGACGUAGAAAUUGUCGAAAAUGAAUGGGAAUCGGACAACAACGUAUCAUCACGGCCUGAGCAAUCUGAUAACGAGAAGGGUUCGCCUGAAAGAGAUCAAAGCGUGUCGCCCGUUCUACAUCUAGUAGAGCCUGAUAACAACAAUUCAGAUAAAGAUUCACUGGGUUACAAAGAUUAUAUCGAGAAAAUGGAUACCAAAGAUAUCAUAACCGAUAGAGACCAAAUCAUACCAUUAAAUGGAGAUGAUCCAGAUAGCUCCAAUGGGAAUGUUAUGUCAAUUGAAAACUACUUGGAAGUCACUCUAUCAACCGAUUCUGAUGCUAGUCAUGUGUGCAACCAGUGUAAUCAAAUGUUUUCCAAUGAACAGUUGCUUGCUUCACACCAAUGUAGUGCAAAGUCUAGUGAUGAAAGGAAGCAUCCAUGUCGAAUGUGCUCAGAAAAAUUCCCAAGUUACUGGGAGCUCCGAAAACAUAUGAAUAAUCAUUUCCCUGGGAUGUUAGAUUCUAAGUCUAGUUUUUGUCAUUUAUGUCAAAAAGAUUAUACUAAGACAGGUUUCAUGAAUCAUUUACGAAAACAUACUGGUGAGCGACCAUUUGUUUGCGAAUUGUGUCACAAAGCCUUCUCUCAAUCCAGCUCACUGUCCAUACAUAUGAAGUUUCACUUAAAUGUACGUAAGCAUGCAUGUACAGUCUGUGAAAAGAAGUUCGUCACAAAGAGUGAGUUAUCUCGUCAUAUGACAGUUCACACAAAACAGAAGUCUUACUACUGCGGGGUGUGUGACAAAGCCUUCACACGCUCUGACAAUAUGAAGAAACAUGAAAAAACGCAUGGAUAGAAUGAAUGAAAGAGCCAAGUAAUUGUUGUGUAUCAGUGAAUAUCAGCACUGCAUAUCGAAAAAGUUCAUGUGAAAUGUAUCAAAUUAGAAGCCUGCAUCUUGGACAAAUAAGAUCAUUGAGAUGGUCCCAAUUGUUGCCAAAUUAUUAUAAUAAUGUUGUGGUUGAUUCUUUUAUACUAGCUUGAUUGUCUGAUUCUCUCAUUGCCAAAUUUUAGUUGUAUGAUUUUUAGUUUAAAUGUUAUAUACCAAAUCCAAAACUAUCAUGAUCUAGUUCAUAAUUUAGUCAUUAUGGUGUGUUUAUGUGUUUGUGAGAGUGUUCAUACACUCGUGUGUGCUGCUGUAGUUGCUUUUGAAUUUAGGGAUUUUAUUUAUAAACUUUUAAUGCAUGUUUGAGAAUAGCAUUAGGAUACUAGUAAAAAGCCUUCACAGGUGCUCUUACGAUAAGAUCACACAUAUCUCCAAAGUUGCCUUUUAGAAAUGAUAAAAGUGAUAUUUAAUGUGGAUAUAGGUCAAACGUCCAAAGAUUCCGAUAGCCUUACUGUAAUAUUUACAUUAGAUAGAGAAAUAUUUUCUACUGAGGCCUUCUACAAAUAUGUAAUGUCACAAAUUUUAUCUUGUUCCUGCUUCUCUUGAGAGCUUUAAUAUUUUUGUAUAAUGUUACUCGAGGUACUAAAAUAAAUCCAGUUAUAAAGAACACUUUUGCCAAAUUUUUAGAUAAGUAUUUAAAGUGAUUUCGUAAUGUAUUGUGCUGUAACCAAAGCAAUAAUAUUUUAUUAGAAAUGCCUAUUCUAUACUUCACAUAGACUAAAACUAUACCAAAUAAAGUAGUUAAUAAUAUUGAUAGGGAAUAGUAAUAAGUUCUUUGUAUUGCCUAUAGGCAAGUCAGAUGGUAUACAUAAUUUGUUAAAAAAUUUUUGGAUAUAAUAAAGAAGUAUCAACUUAGAAGAGCAGAAAUGCUUGGUGGUCAAUAAACAAGGUUAAUCACCACCCAAUUUGAUCAAUUUUAAUAUAAUUUUAGUAAUAAGUUUACAGUAAUAUGAUCUUCUUUUCCAACAUCACAAAUGUUUUUUUUUUUUUCUAAAAUGAAAAGUUUACCUUACGACCAAUAAUAUAUUGAUUUCGAAAUUCCAAAGAUAUUUACAAUUAACUUAUACUAUGAAUGUUUUCUACACUUUCACUUGUGCCACAUUUUAUAAACUGUUUGUAAAUAAUUAUAUUGAUAAAAUAUAAAAUAUUGUUCUAGUGUUGAAUUUGUAAUAGACAAUAAUCAUAUUUUAAUAUAAUAUUUAUUGUAUUUAAUGAUCUAUAAAAUGUUUACACACAUGACUUGUUUGUAGAUUAAGUAUUUGAUAUUGAGCCAAAUGUGAAAAUUAUACACAAAAUCUACAAGACUGACAAUAAUAUUCAGAGUAGAUAUUAACUUUUGCACAAAAUAACAUAAGAUGCCUUUUAUUUAUUGACACAUUAAAAGGAAAUUUUUACUAUUUAAAUAAAUGCACCUUGUUAUAGACUCAUCAUGACAAUUAGAAUAAGUCCGUUUGCUAAAUUAUAAUAUUUUAGAGAAAAUGUAAUAAUUUUCAAUUUUAUUAAAGAGUUGUUUGUUGAAGGUUCUUCUUUUAUUUUAUGAAUUCAAUAAAUCGUUUUACGUUUGUUUUAGGUUACGCUAACGAUGUCUGCCAGGUUGCGUAAUCUUAAUCCUUAUGAAUUGCAUAAGUACCUAGUAAACGUUUAUAGCCUGAAUACCAAGGGCUCCACGACGCGCUUGAAACGCGACACGUCCAGAGAUAGAACUGACCUCGAUGUGAUUAGAGAAAACCACAAAUUUCUGUGGGAAGACGAUGACGUAGCCGACACAUGGGAAAAACAAUUAGCCAAAAAAUAUCACGACAAACUCUUCAAAGAAUAUUGUAUUUGUGAUCUAAGCAGAUACAAAGAAAAUAAAGUAGCACUUCGAUGGAGAAUAGAAAAAGAAGUGGUUCUUGGAAAAGGUCAAUUUCAAUGCGGGAACAAGCAGUGCAAUGAUAGUCAAGAACUUAAAUCUUGGGAAGUCAACUUCGCAUACACUGAAGACGGAGAGAAAAAGAAUGCUUUAGUGAAGCUUCGUUUAUGUCCAGAUUGUUCAGCCAAGUUAAACUACAAAUCUAAGAAGCGAGAAGUAAAGAGGUUAAAGAAAUCGCAAAAGAAGAAAAAGCACAAAAAUGAGAGUUCAGGUGACGAAAGCGAUUGUGAAGGUCCAAAAACUCCCCCACUUGAUGUUCCUGCAGAGCCUUCAACCUCCAAGGGACAAAUGCAGGCCUCUGAAGAUAUAGAGGAGUCUUUGUGGAAGAAAGGUGUGCAAGAAACCGAGGAAAAAUCUCGAGAAGAAGAAUUCGAAGAAUAUUUAGAGGAAUUGUUGUUAUAACGUAUCGAAAUAAAAGGAAACUUUCAAAUAA